CUCGCUUCCCCCCGGCCGGCCCCAUGCAGCUCCCCGCGCCGCCGCUGCUCCUGGCCCUGGCCCUGGCCCUGGCGCUCAGCCUGGCGGGCGCCUUCAAGUCCCCCUACCAGCAGGUCCUGCAGCACAGCCGGCUCCGCGGCAGGCAGCACGGCCCCAAUGUGUGCGCUGUGCAGAAGCUUAUUGGAACAAACAGGAAAUACUUCACAAACUGCAAACAGUGGUACCAGAGGAAAAUCUGUGGCAAAUCAACAGUGAUCAGUUAUGAGUGCUGCCCUGGAUAUGAAAAAGUUCCUGGAGAAAAAGGCUGUCCAGCUGCUUUACCACUUUCAAACAUCUAUGAAACUCUGGGGCUUGUGGGAUCCUCUACCACACAGCUGUAUUCUGACCGCUCGAACCUGAGACCAGAAAUCGAAGCACCUGGAAGCUUUACCAUCUUUGCUCCAAGCAAUUUGGCCUGGGCUUCUUUGCCUGCUGAAACUUUGGAUUCCUUGGUCAGCAACGUCAACAUUGAGUUGUUAAAUGCUCUUCGCUACCACAUGGUGAAUAGACGAGUCCUCACAGAUGACCUGAAACAUGGAACAUCUCUCCCUUCAAUGUACCAGAAUCUUUCCUUGCAGGUCCACCAUUAUCCUAAUGGAAUUGUAACAGUUAACUGUGCCAGGCUGUUGAAAGCUGAUCAUCAAGCCACCAAUGGAGUGGUUCACCUCAUAGAUAAAGUCAUCGCUACCACAACCAACAACAUCCAGCAAAUUGUUGAAAUUGAGGAAAGCCUUGAAACUCUUCGGGCUGCUGUAGCUGCUUCAGGUCUUAAUAACUUGCUGGAGAGCAAUGGCCAGUUCACACUCUUAGCUCCAACCAAUGAGGCCUUUGAGAAGAUCCCACAAGAAACAUUGAACAGAAUCCUUGGGGACCCAGAGGCUCUGAGAGAUCUCUUGAACCAUCAUAUAUUGAAGUCAGCUAUGUGUGCUGAGGCCAUUAUUGCUGGCUUGGCAAUGGAGACUCUGGAAGGCACCACAUUGGAAGUAGGCUGUAGUGGGGAGGAGCUCACUUUGAAUGGAAGGCCUAUCAUUGCUAACAAGGAUGUUGUGGCAACCAAUGGUGUUGUGCAUUUUGUUAAUGAGCUGCUAAUCCCAGAUGCAGCGAAAACUUUGUUUGAGUUGGGUCAAGAAUCUGAGGUUACAACAUCUAUUGACCUUUUCAGACAAGCCGGUCUCAGUUCUCACCUGACUGGAAAUGAGCGUUUGACGCUCCUUGCCCCUAUAAACUCUGCAUUCAAAGAUGGGAUUCCUCGUGUUGACAACAAUAUGAAAAAUUUGCUUCGGGAUCACAUUGUUAAAGACCAGCUUUCCUCUAAGUAUCUUUACCAUGGACAGAAGCUGGAAACUCUGGGUGGGAAGCAGCUGAGAGUUUUUGUGUACCGUAACAAUCUUUGCAUUGAAAACAGCUGCAUUGCUGCCCAUGAUAAGAGGGGAAGGUUUGGCACAUUGUUCAUCAUGGAAAAGAUGUUAACCCCACCAAUGGGAACAGUGAUGGAUAUGCUAAAAGCAGAUAAUCGCUUCAGUACACUGGUGGCUGCGAUCCAAUCUGCUGGUCUAACUGAGACAUUAAAUAGGCCAGGUACCUUCACCGUGUUUGCACCAACAAAUGAAGCUUUCCGGGCUAUGCCACGUGGGGAACUGAACAAGCUUAUGGGUAAUGCUAAAGAACUUUCAAGCAUUCUGAAGUACCACAUCACAGACGAAAUCUUGGUUAGCGGAGCAGUGGGAGCGCUCGUGAGAAUGAAGUCUAUGCAAGGUGAUAAACUUGAAGUCAGCACUAAAAAAGAUGUAAUUCAAAUCAACAAGGAACCCGUUGCUGAAAGCGAUAUCAUGGCCACAAACGGUGUGAUUUAUGCUGUGAACUCAGUUUUACAACCUCAGGCUUCUAGGCCUCAAGAAAGAGGUGAUGAGCCUGCAGAUCCAGCACUGGAAAUCUUCAAACAGGCAUCUGCAUUAUCCAAGGUCUCUCAAAGGAAUCCUCAACUAGAACCUGCAGUUUCCAGGUUAUUAGCAAAGAUGAAAGGAAAUCCUGGGACCAUCUGAAGACCAUUCAGAGGACUACACAGCCAGCGCUUCAUUCAGUUUUUGCAGUUGGUUUGAGAUGGGGACAGAGUUAUUUUUAAAAACCAAAUAUCACACUUCAAAUUUAUUUUGUUUUCACUGAAACAGAUAGGAGAAAAGAAGCCAUGUGUAUAUAUAUGUAAACCAUUGUUACUGUCUUUUGACCAUAUUGUUCCACAUUAAGGCUGAUAUUUUUUUUAAAGUAGGUACUAAAUUGAAAUGUUUCUGGUUUGGGUACCUAAUUUGCAACAACUUUUUGGGGGGCACAAUUGAUUUUAGAAGUGCAAGGGUGAACUCUCACUACAGCACUGAUUCAGAAAAAAACUUAAGCACAUACUUAAGGCCAUUCUGUUCAGGAUGGUACUGCUUAGACAUACUUCCCUGAAGUAGGGAUGAUUUCCCUGUGUACUUCCAGUGGAUUUCUCUGGGGUUGUGCACCAUAAGCAUCUCUGAAUAGCAAGAUGAAUGUGUCAUUUCACUCAAGGAAGCCUAAAGCAGCUUUGAAAAAUCAGUGCCACCUAUUGAAGAUGUUAGUGGUAAUGACCUAGUGGUAAUUAAUGAGUUCAACUUUUAAAGCAAAUAGAUUCCAGGUGCAAACCAUACACUUGAUCUACCUAGUGAUUAUUUUAGAGUUAUCCGAGUAAUACAGGUUGUAUUACAGCAGCAGAUAUUCCCCACUCGGUCUCUUAUUUGGAAGGACUAUAAUGCAGUUCAAAAGUUAAUAGGCUUUUUUGCUGUUGUUGAUACUGGGAAAUUUGCAUGAUAUAAGCUACAGUUUUGUUUUGUUUUUUUUUUUUGUGCUUUUUAUUAAACUGAAAAGAGACGGUUUAAGAGAGCUGUCUCUUUUCACAAUGAGACUAAAAAUACAUCCUAUGUGUAAUGAGUGUUCUCCCUAACAGAAGCCUUCAAAUACAUGAUUCCUUUGUAAUAAUUGUCAAGGUUUUUUAAAAAAAAUAAAAUAUAAACAA